CCGGGGCUGGGCAGGCGGCGGCGGGGGCGCCGCUCCGGCGGGCGGCGGGGCCAUGCUGGGCAAGGACUACAUGCUGGCCAUCGUCCUGGUCAACUGCGACGACAACCUCUGGAGUGACCAGAGCCUGGAGACAGACCCUGACCUUCCCCCAAGCUGGAGGAAAAUCUGUGACUCUCUGGGUACCUAUUACUGGCAUGUGCCAACAGGCACAACACAGUGGCAGCACCCUGCACGCACCACCGGCCCAGGAGGGCACACGGAGGCUGAUGGAGAGGAGACACUCCAGGGAAGGGAAUGCCAGGGCCCUGCAGCGAAGCACUUGGCCAAGGACCGGCCCAUUCCCAGCCCCAUGGCUUCACUGUCCCGGAGGCACUCGCUGUCCUGGCACGGAGAUGACUUCCAGCACAGCGCAGAGCCCGGCUCCAAGUGCUUUGCUGUGCGCUCUCUGGGCUGGGUGGAGAUCCCCGAGGAGGACCUGGCACCUGGCAAGAGCAGCAUCGCUGUCAACAACUGCAUCCAGCAGCUCUCCAACAGCAAGGGCCAGGGCUCUGCGGAGAACCAGGGUGAGGGCCAGGACCUAGUGAUGAUUCUGAAGAAGGACACCAUGAGCCUGGUGGACCCCCUCGACCGCAGCCUCAUCCACCGCCAGCCCAUCCUCAACAUCCGUGUCUGGGGUGUUGGCUGCGACAACGGCAGGGACAGAGACUUCGCCUUUGUGGCCAGUGACAAGGACACCUGCGUCCUCAAGUGCCACGUCUUCCACUGCAAUGUGCCUGCCAAGGGCAUCGCCAAGGCUCUGCAUGAGAUGUGCUCCAAGAUCGUGGCCGAGCGAGCUGUAGCGAGCAGCAGGCUGCCCCGCGCCGCCACGCUGGAGCCCAUCUCUGCCGAGGACCUGCCACUGCAAGUGGAUAUCCUAGAAGCGGUGCGGCAGUCGAUGCAGACCUACGAGGCGCUGUACAUCGGCAGCCUGCCCGUGCCCAGGGCCAUGGGGAUGGACGUGUUGAACGAGGCCAUCGAGAAGCUGACGAGACGCCCUGGGCGGGAGAACUGGACACCCUCCCUCAUCUACGUGUCCGACACGGCCAUGAGAGUGCACCAUGCGCAGGAGCCCGAGGAGGCGGCGCACAUCUGGGAGUGCCAGGUGCGGUACGUGACCUUCCUGGGCGUGGGCCGGGACGCGCACACCUUCGCGCUCAUCGUGGACACCGGGCGACGCUUCCAGUGCGCGGCCUUCUGGUGCGAGCCCGACGCCGGCACCAUCUCGGAGGCCGUGCAGGCCGCCUGCAUGGUGCAGUACCAGAAGUGCCUCGUGGCCGCCGCACCGGGGGCGAAGGCGAAGAGCGCGGCUGGCCGGGGCCGGGCCGGGCCGGCGGCCGCGGGGGACUCUGCCCGCGGGGCGGCCAAGGCGGGGGGGGGCGGCGGCGGCGCGGGGGCCGGGGCCCGCAAGCGGGGACUCUUCUCCUUCCUGGAGGUGUUCCGCCUCCGGCGGGCCCUCCUGCACAGCCCGUAGCGG